AUGAAAGGUACAGUGCUCCGGCCCGGUCCUCCACCAUCACCUCCACCAUCACCUGCUCAUCUUCGCUUCCAUAACAUUGUCAAUGGUGGCGAUUCUAGGGCCGUGCUCUGCCGAAAUGGCAAGGCGUUUCCUCUUUCGGUUGAUCACAAGCCGGAUCGUCCAGACGAGUUGAAGCGGAUCGAGGAGGCGGGUGGCCGGGUCAUAUACUGGGAUGGUCCACGGGUUCUUGGAGUUCUCGCCAUGUCAAGAGCCAUAGGUGACAAUUAUUUGAAGCCGUACGUGAGUUGCGAGCCAGAGGUGACGAUCACGGAUCGGACGGCGGAGGACGAGUGUUUGAUAUUAGUGAGCGAUGGCCUGUGGGACGUGGUGUCGAACGACACGGCGUGUGGGGUGGCGAGAAUGUGCCUGAGGGGGAAACGACUCGCGGCAGCGGAGGCGGAGACCGAUGGGUCGUCGUCGUCGUCGUCGGACAGGGCGUGCUUCGACGCUUCGAUGCUGCUGACGAAGCUGGCAUUGGCCAGGCACAGCACUGACAACGUGAGCGUGGUGGUCGUCGCCAGGAAGAAGGAGUGCUUGCUCUGGAAUUGAAGGCUAGGGAAAUGAAAUUGGGUUUCUGUUGAUGUGCCUGCUUGGUUGAACAGAUAGAUAUACUGAGUUUGUGUGUCGUUUAGAUUAGAUCUGUUUUAUAAUCUUCAACAGUGGCUAAAGGCUGAAGAGUGGAGGAGACAGAGAGACAGAGACCGAAGGGAGAUAAAGAUAAAAGGGCCGAUCGGAAUCUUUUUCUCUUUUUGGGUUCUGGGCUUUUUUUUUUUUUCUGUGGGAUUUAUUUUGAAGCAGUGGAGCAGCAGAGAUGGAUGGAAGGAGGGAGGGAUGAGAGAUCUGGGUUUCAUCAUAAAAUUCAGCUGGUAUUGUUUGAAAGCGAUUCGUGCUGAUAACGUGUUAUAAAACUAGAGAGAAAUUGGAGAGAAGGAAUAGAAGAGAAUGUUUUCUCUCAUCUGUAUAUUCGCUAAGUAGAGGGGGAAGGGGAUGCCAUAUUUAUAGGCAAGUAGAAGUAGGCUCCACAUUAUAAUUUACAACAUAUACCAUAAUUAUUGUAAUCCCAUCAUAUAUGGGUCACCCUUAAUUCUAGCAUAGCAGUAACUUAUUUCCUAGGAUAGCACUUUGUUGUAGCCAUAUGUACAUAUGUAUCUAUACAUUGAAUCAAUUAUCAAAUAAACAAUUCAUUCUCCAAUUUUAUUACAUUUUAGUCCUUGAAUUCGCAAAAU